AAACGCGUCGAACAGUGCACGUUGAGUGCACGCACUUCUCUGCUCACUGCACAUCAUAAAUCAUCCGCGAUUCUGUCGACGUCGACCGCAUUUUACAGCUUCAUCUUUGGCCUUGUCAUUUAUAUGCUUGGUGCAAGGACCAAGCAAGUCUUUGCCUAUGGGCGUCGUGGCCAUCGGAUUGUCAAUGUCGUCGAGAGGAAUGAGUCAGACGCCUUUGAUUCCCCCGUCAAGACAGUACGCAACACGCAAGCGUCUAGGCAAGUUCAGAUAGAAAAUGAUAUCUACUUAUCUCCCUCUCCUCCUCGCCAUCGGGUGCACGGUAAACCCAAGCGGGCACAUGUCUCACCUGCCAAAUCCCCGCUUGGUCCAGCCAAGAAGAAGGCUCAGGUCAAGUUAGCGGGCAGACCAAAAAAGAAGACAGUCCUUUCAAAAUUCGAAGAGCAGACACCUGUGCGACAGCCACUUACAUCUCUCCGCACGAACGGUGCGUCACCUGCGGCUCUGCCGCCUUUAGCACUCGCGAGGAAGAAGGGUAAAAUACCAGUGAAAUCAUCGCCACGGGCUGCGCUGAAGCCUACAUCUCCAAUUGUGACUCUUGACAUCAUCACUCUCGAUGACGAUGGCAAGACACUCAGUCAGGAACGGCGGGUAUCGCGGACUGAUGUUCGAAUAAACACCGUGACUGCAACAGCUCCGAAAUUCAAGGGCAAGGGAGCACCCGCGAACCCCGCAAUCAUCCCCAUCAUUGACAGUGACUCUGAUGCGGAGGAAGUGGCUAGACUGGCGAAGAAACGUCAUGGCCGCAUGCGAUCGGUUAUUGUCAUAUCCUCUGAUGACGAUGAAUCACCUCCAAAACGCAAAAUUGAAUCGAUGGCUACUUUUUCCAAAGCACAGUCUUCAUUUAUGGAGGUCGUGGUCCCUCCUGCGCCUUAUAAACUACCCACAGUCCUCCAGAAACAGUCACCACUGCUGCCUCUGCCUCCACCUUUACCCCAGCAGCAAGCACCUGUGUUUGUGCCUCUCGCCCCGCCGGCAACGAAAGUACGACAGCUGACACCUAUACGCCGAGGAAAAGAUCGAGCGCAGUUCCAACGGCUCUUCCCUACGCCUUCUACACCCACUGACGCGGACCUUUCUCUCGAACUUGAACGACUUAACAUUUCGGACGUGACCGACUUUGAAGACCCGUUACCCUUACAACCGGAAUCCCUACUUCCGCUCCUUUCGGAGUGCUCUCAGACUGGUCCGCAUGAAUUUUCUGCUUUCAUAGAGACUUUUCCAUUCGAUCCGAUCGUACAGCCUGCGGACGGAGAUGACCUAGAUGUCAGGUUUCGUAAAAUUGGAGAGGCCUCGUUUUCUGAGGUUUUUGGCAUUGGUGACGUAGUUCUUAAGAUCAUCCCUCUCCGAGAUGAGGAACAACGUAUCGCAAAUGACUUGGAGACUCCCGCACCGAGCGAUGCGAGUGAUGUUUUGAAGGAAGUUAUUGUCACUCGAGCGAUGGGAGAAAUGUGCAGCGGCUUUAUCAAGCUUCUCAGAACAUACGUCGUCCGUGGGCGCUAUCCUUCGUUACUUCUGGAUCUCUGGGAUGAAUACAGUGAGCGCAAGGGUUCCGAGAGUAUACGACCAGACUCUUUCGGCCUUGCCCAGGUCUACGCAAUCAUUGUCCUGCCAAAUGGCGGCCCAGACCUUGAAGCCUUCACGUUCAAAAACGCCACAAAGUCUGGUUGGCACCAAGCAUGCAGUAUCUUCUGGCAGAUAGCCAGAGCUCUGGAGCAAGCUGAAGACCUUAUGGCAUUCGAACAUCGUGAUUUACACUGGGGCCAAAUUUUGGUGAAGAACGUACCUGUUCGGAAUUCAUCAUCGAAAAAGGCAGGGAGGAAGCUCCGCAUGGAUGAUGUUCGAUUCGGCGUCAAGGCGACUAUCAUUGAUCUUGGGCUUUCCAGGAUGGAAACCGUGGAUGGCCAAGGUUCCAAGACAUACUGGACACCAUUUGAUGAAGAAAUUUUCGAAGGAGAGGGAGAUUACCAAUUUGAUGUCUACAGGAUGAUGAAAGAGUAUAGUGGGCACUCUUGGGAAAACUAUCAGCCUUUUACGAAUAUCAUGUGGCUUCACUACCUUACACAGAAGCUCUUGCACUCAAAGCGACUGAAGCCUCCUGGCACGAGAAAGCAAUCAGCGGCUGGGCCUACACCAGUGGCAUCCUUAACAGGGUACAAUGAACAAGAGUGUUACGACUCGCUGGUGGAGAUCGACAAGCUAUUAGGUGACUGUAUUAAUGUAUCAAAGAAGGGCCGCAAGGGGCAGCGGAAAAUGUGUGUGCCAUCCUCUGGUCCAAGGACGGCAGGGGAAGUUGUGUUGUAUGGAGUCGAGAAAGGUUGGAUGACGGCAUGAGCUGUAUAGUUGUAUUUUCUGUUGCAUAUACCCCGGUUGUCCGCUCUCUUUGAACCUCGAAACUCUACAUACAUACGGACAAGAACGGUCCAGACAAACCACAGAACCUUCCUAUCUGAGCGAUCUUGCUAAUACGUCAUAGCUGUCAUAGCCAUAUCUGAGUUGCCACCUAUAUUAGCGUUGAACGGAGC